AGGCGCAGCAAGCAAAACAGGAGAGAAUCUGCGACUAGCUCUCCAAGCAGACGUCACUCAAGACAAGAAGGCUCCGCCCCCCUCAAGAUGGCGCUGCACUCAAUGCGGAAGACGCGUGGGUGCUGGAGCUUCAUCCGGGCACUUCACAAAGGACCAGAAGCUGCCCUCCCUCCCCAGAAAGAUGCUGUGAGGCGAGUGUUCUCAGGCAUCCAGCCUACAGGGAUCCCUCACCUCGGCAAUUACCUGGGGGCCAUCGAGAGCUGGGUGAGCCUACAGGACGAGCCUGGCUCCGUGCUGUACAGCAUCGUCGACCUGCACUCCAUCACGGUCCCCCAAGACCCAGCCGUGCUGCGGCAGAGCGUCCUGGACAUGACGGCCGCGCUCCUUGCCUGUGGCAUCAGCCCGGAGAAGAGCACCCUUUUCCAACAGUCUCAGGUGGCUGAACACACACAAUUAAGUUGGAUCCUCACCUGCAUGGUCAGACUACCCCGACUACAGCAUUUACACCAGUGGAAGGCAAAGACUGCCAGGCAGAAGCAUGAUGGCACCGUGGGCCUGCUCACCUACCCGGUGCUGCAGGCAGCCGACAUCCUGCUGUACAAGUCCACACACGUUCCUGUCGGGGAGGAUCAAGUGCAGCACAUGGAGCUAGUUCAGGAUCUCGCUCGAGGGUUUAACAAGAAGUAUGGGGAGUUCUUCCCAGAGCCCAAGUCCAUUCUAACAUCAAUGAAGAAGGUGAAAUCCCUCCGAGACCCUUCUGCCAAAAUGUCGAAAUCAGACCCAGACAGACUGGCCACCGUCAGAAUAACAGACAGCCCAGAGGAGAUAGUGCAGAAAUUCCGCAAGGCCGUGACGGACUUCACCUCGGAGGUCACCUACGACCCGGCUGCCCGGCCGGGCGUGUCCAACCUGGUCGCCAUCCACUCGGCAGUGAGCGGGCUCCCGGUGGAGGAAGUGGUCCGCCAGAGCGCCGGGGUUGACACGGCUCGCUACAAGCUGCUGGUGGCAGAUGCUGUGAUUGAGAAAUUUGCUCCAAUUAAGAGCGAACUUGAAAAACUGAAGUUGGACAAGGACCACAUAGAGAAGGUUCUACAAGCUGGGUCAGCAAAAGCCAAGGAAUUAGCGUAUCCCGUGUGCCAGGAGGUGAAGAAGUUAGUGGGGCUCCUGUAGGGAGCUUCAACUAAGGAUGCAAAGGCUUUUCUGUUCGGCGGCCUGGGCACUCCGAUAAAGGCAGCUUUCCUUGUGAGCGAACAAUCAUAGUUUGGGGACAUUGAACUUGGUGUACCUGAUUUUGGCCUCAUUCGAUGAAUAAUGCUUUGUAGUCUUCAAACAGAGCAGUGUCCUAAAUCCUAUCAAUACAACGCUGUGGCCAGAAAACAAACAAACAAACAAACAGACCAAGAAGUUACUAGCUUUCUGAAUCCUCAGUUUUGGAGGCAGACUACUCGGCCUGAAUCCAUGUACACAGAUGUGAUGGAGGUGAUCAGUGAUUUGGCAAAUGGGGGUAUCAGUUGUGAGUCUCUCGAGCACAUGUGGUCACCAACGGUCACACUAUCUGUCCCGACCCUGCUGCAGUGACAUGCAGAAGUCUUAGACUUGUAACCCCUGGGAUGCCACUUGGACCAAUUUGUAGUCAGAUCUCAUAAAAAUAAGUUGAUGAUGAUAGUUCAUUUGUCACUGAGGCGGUGCCUGCUUUAAUGGAUUUAACCUGCUUGUUUCCCAAGAGAUUACACCGAUUGUUCCAGCAAGUUCUUUUUUUUUUUUUUUUUAAUUCAGAGAUGCAGGAUAUAAUCUACUAUUUCAACUUGAUUUAUUUGUGGCACAAGAGCCCAGUCCCUCCCUAGAUGAUGUUCCUAAUAAGUACUUCCUUGCAUUUCUCUCUCGGCUUCACCUCACCUCCAUAAAAUACAUGGGAGAAAAAUUAUCAUUUUACACUGACGAGGGGGAGUGUCCGGGACUGCGCUACUUGCACAGUAUCACUCAGGAAGUGAGAAGCAAAUCCAAGGUCAAAACCUUUACCUCUUCCAGGAGCCUCCAACCAUGAUUAUUUGGAAGGCGGGUCCUGGAAAUACGCUCUUCUAAGACCUGAAACUACUGAUACUCUUUAUAUCAGCAGCUCAACUAACAGCUGCCUGCUUUGACUAUGGUUUCAGCCAACCUUGGUCUCCUUUGCUCCUCAAAGUCCCGGAGGAGGCAAGUCCCACGUUCUGACUCCUAUACUUGCUACACCUGCCCUUCAGAGUGUCUCCUGCCAGACUGCAGCAGCGGUCAGCAGCGGAAGCUGUGCGUCUCGCCUCCCCCUCGGUCCCUCUGAGUGACAGCAAGUCCCUCUGAAACCAGCUUCUUGGCACUUCCAGUCCCCACACCUGAAAAUGGGAGUGGUAAUCCCCACUUACCAGGGUCUACUAGCAAGAUUGAUUUUGUAAGAGAAAUUGCUUCUAAUUUUUUGCCAAUGAAUAUAAUGGUUGUCAUUUAUACAUAAGAGACUGACUAGCAUAUUGGGCAAAGAAUUUUUUUAAUCCUCACCCAAGGAUAUGUUCAUUGAUUUUUAGACAGAGGAAGGUUGAUAGAAAGAGGGAGAGAGACAUCAAUGUGAGAGACAUCGAUUGGUUGCCUCCGGUUACAUGCCUCGACCAGGACUCAAACCCACAACCUCUUGGUGUACAGGAAUGAUGCUCUAACUAACUGAGCCACCCAGCUAGGGCUAGGCAAAAAAUUUUUACUCAGGAUUCCUAAGAGACAAAAGUAGAGUGGUCCUUGUACUAACAGAUAUAAAUCCACAGAACACAGCGUCCCAGAAUCCAAAUUAAAAGACUCUUUUUUUUUUAUCUUUUCUUGGAAUGGGUGUCAGUAGUCCUACUGCAAACCUCUUUGGGUGUAUUUCUUCCACAGCUCUUUUUUUCUUCUUCAAAGGAACCCUGUUAUGAGUAGUAGAAAAUGACAAAAUUAAAGAUGGAUCUACCAAAC